AGUAAUCAAGGGCUGGGAUGAGGGUAUCAAAACAAUGAAGAAGGGUGAAAAUGGGACAAGUAACGUGCAAUCUUAAUAAUGCUGCUUGCAAAUUGAAACUCAAAGAUUACAAGCAGGCUGAGCAACUGUGCUCUAAGGUGUUAGAACUUGAUAAUAGAAACGUGAAAGCAGUAUAUCUAAGGGCUCAAGCAUAUAUUCAACCUGUUGAUUUGGAUUUGGCAGAGGUGGAUAUCAAAAGGGCCCUCGAGACUGACCCUGAUAACAGAGAUGUGAAACUGGAGUACCGAGUCCUAAAGGAGAAAAUCGGGGAGCACAACAAGGAUUCACAAUUUUAUGGCAACAUGUUUGCAAAGAUGAACAAGUUAGAGCAAGCAAAGGUAGCAAAACAGGAGCCAGCACCAAUGGUCAUAGACAGCAAGGCAUGAUGGCAUUUGCCUCAAAUCCCCCUUCCCCUCCAUCCUGCCUCCCUUUCUUCCUUCCCAAUGUUAUAGAAGAGUAAAGGUGGAGUAUUUGUUCUAAAAUAUAUUACCAUAGAAUAGUAAAAGGUUCAGAUAGUGCUAAUC